ACUGGGGCCACGAAUAAGGAGCCAUCCAAAAUUCAAAGCGGGGGUGCAGGCUUUUGUGAUGGUCGUGGUAGUUGUUGUUCCUUUCCAACUUGACGGGAUGGAGUAGGUGGGCUUAUCUUCGUUAACUCACAAGAGCUCUGUGUUCGAGAGUGUCAGAGGAGCAGCCAUAAAAAGUUGCAAUCGUUAGUUUCCCGCACCCCACCCCUCCUCGGAAUCUCCUCCUUCCUUCAUUUGGCCACCCACCAAACCCAAACCCAGCAGAUGCCUGCACAAGAAGGAGAACCCCUGAAUUCUCCAGGACGACCCUCCUCCUCCUCCUCCCUCCAGGAAGGAUCGGAGGAGUUUCAGCAAACCCCUAGAGCUAUGCAGGUUUUCAGGCCUUUCCACCUGCAGCCUCAGAAUGUUUAUGAACACCUGGAAUUGACGCGGAGUCACUGAAAGAACAACAGCAGCAGCAGCAGCAGCAGCGAGGACCCAACUACUCUGCCACCGCCCGGAAUAGUGAGGCGUGGUGGUGGUGGUAAGUGGAGGGGGGGACCUCGAGUGAAGAAGUGGAAGAAGAGCCAAGACGCCCAUCUGCGGAGCUGGCAGCUGACUAUGGAAGAGCAGACGGACUGUAAAAGUCUGCGAGACUCUGCUCCGACUCCCGGCAGCCGCCCCAGCAGCAGCAGCCCCGGCGCCAGCGGCAGCGAUGGCGAGAGCGUGCCGCUGUCUCCCGGCAGCCACGCUCCCCUGUCCCCGGCCGCGCCGUGCCUCGUGUCACUGCCUCUCCACCCGCACCACCACCACCACCCUCCGCACCACCAGCACCAUCUCCCGCAGCAGCAGCAUCAGGCGCCUCCGCCUCCGCAGCAGCAGCGGCCGCCGCCGCCUCCUCAGCAGCAGCAACAACAACAACAGCAACAGCAACAGCAACAGCACCGCACCACCAACUUUUUCAUCGACAACAUCCUGAGGCCGGACUUUGGCUGCAAGAAAGAGCAGCUCUUGCUCCUGGCCGGGACUGCGGCCGGAGGAGGAGGAGGUGGCGCCGGCGGCGGCGUGGGCGGCGGCCGGGACAGGGACCUUGACCGCGCGGCCAGCUCAGGUAGAGAAAAUGUCAACCCUCUGCUCGGCAGGCCCCCCAACCUUAGCGCGGAGUCGCACGGGAGCCCCGACAGCUCCUCCAAAGCCAGCCCCGCCGCGGCGGCCGCAGCGCUAGGGACGGCCAAGCCCCCCAUCUCCUCCUCCUCCUCCUCCUCUUCCUCUUCCUCCUCCUCCUCCUCCUGCUCGGAAGGGAGUGGAACUAACCCGGCGAAGUAUGGGGAGCACGCCAACCCCGCCAUCCUGCUCAUGGGCUCCAAUAAUGGAGGAGCUGUUGCCAAGAGCGAUUCUCAACAGCCGCUGGUUUGGCCUGCCUGGGUUUACUGCACUAGGUAUUCAGACAGACCAUCCUCGGGUCCCCGCACGAGGAAGCUGAAGAAGAAGAAGAACGAGAAGGAGGACAAGCGGCCUCGCACCGCUUUCACGGCGGAGCAGCUGCAGAGACUCAAGGCGGAGUUCCAGGCGAACCGCUACAUCACCGAGCAGAGGCGGCAGACUUUGGCGCAGGAACUCAGCCUCAACGAGUCGCAGAUCAAGAUCUGGUUCCAGAACAAGCGCGCCAAGAUCAAGAAGGCCACGGGCAUCAAGAACGGCCUGGCGCUGCACCUCAUGGCGCAGGGACUCUACAAUCAUUCCACCACUACCGUGCAAGACAAAGAGGACAGCGAGUGAGCCCGCCAGGAGAGCACAGACCUUGUCGGGUUUAUUUUGUUUUCGUUUUUUCGUUUUUUGAUGCUUAAUAU